CCAGAAGGCAGUGCGGUUUAAACACAGAACGUGAUUGGCGGGUGAAAACUCCUUUCAGGAAGUAGUGCGUUGAAUUACAUUUGCCGACUGAAAAUCCUCCUCAUGACAAGCUGCACCUGAGAUUCGCACAAGUAACUCUUUUAUUCAGACAGUGCUCUCAUGGCUGGCAGAAGAGUCGUGGUCUUCCCCUCCUCAGCGGAGGUCGGACCGGUGCUGGCCCAUCUGGUGACAUCUCGGGCCGAGAAGGCCAUCGCCUCUCGUGGCAGGUUCACCCUGGGGCUCUCUGGAGGAAGCCUCGUGUCCAUGCUCAGCAAAGAGCUGCUCGCCCUGCCACAGCUGGACUGCAGCAAGUGGAUGGUUGGUUUCUGUGACGAGCGAUUGGUUUCCUUUGAUGAUCCAGAGAGCACCUACGGGCUGUAUAAGAAUCAGUUGUUUUCCAAGGUCAACAUCCCUGAUAGUGCGAUCCUAACCAUUGAUUCCUCUCUGCCAGUCAGCGAGUGUGCUGAGCAUUACACCCGCAAACUGAAGGAGGCCUUCCCAGAUGAUGACUUCCCUGUGUUUGACUUAUUACUGCUGGGGAUGGGGCCUGAUGGACAUACCUGUUCCCUCUUCCCAGACCACCCUCUCCUGGAGGAAACCAAGAAGAUUGUGGCCCCCAUCAGUGACUCUCCCAAACCACCACCACAGCGUGUGACUAUGACUUUUCCGGUGGUGAACUCUGCACGCUGUGUGGCUUUUGUAUCAACAGGAGGAAGCAAAGCACCCGUUUUGAAGGAGGUGCUGGAGGGUAGAGAGGGUCCAGCGUUUCCAGCAGCCCGUGUUGUCCCAACCAAUGGCGAGCUGUUCUGGCUUGUUGAUGACCCCGCAGCUGCCUCCCUAACUAUCCAGGUAGAGAGGCUAGGCUCAGGGGCCAAACUGUAGAGCUUUUUCAACACUGGUGUGAAAACAUGAAUGAGGAGACUAGAAAGUAGCGCAGAACAUUCCUACUUUCAUAUGAAAGUGUAAUUGGUUUACACAGGAGAUAUAGUGACAUAGGCUAUGGAGACAUUCGUUGUAAUUUCCAGCGUAAGAAUUAGCACUUAUUAGAAGUUGGAUUGUGUCUGUGUGCGUGCACCUUAGUGUGUGUGUGUGUGUGUGUCGGAGGUUUAGAUUUAUUCAGGUAUGGUUUGAAGUCCCCCUACACAAUAUGUUUUGCCUAUGUUAGUUCAGAUGGAUGACCUUCACUGUGCAGAAUAAUUAAUAUUUGACAUUAAAAGUCAGUUGUGGUUCAGUUGUGCAACAUACACAAGAGUGAUGUAGAAACUUGCAGUGCACAUAAACUGAGAAUGAAGGUUG